UAUUCGUUCUGGAACCGCACUCGCUAGUCUGACACUAGCUCUGAUCCCAAUUUCUCUCCCAAAUCCCGCAAAAUAUCGCUGGAUUUUAUGCAAAGUUGUGACAUUUGAGCUGUCUCGAAUCAUUCCCAUUUUAUCUUGCCAGUCUGUAAGUCAACAUGGACGCCGAUACUGCAGACGUGUACAGAGAGGGAAAGGUGGUGAGAUGCCCUGAUGGAAAUGGAGAUAUUAUUACCCUCAAGGACACAGAGAAUAUCAACGGGAUAGUGCCAUUUGACCGCAUUGGGGAGAUAUCGCGCAAUUUCUGCAAGUUCCCGCUCCGCAAAGAUGAUAUAUUUCUUACGGCUUUUGUGAGGUCGGGUACUCACGUGGUGUGGGAGAUAACAACAAUGUUGACCAAGAACAUGACCGAACUGACCGACCUACCAAAGCAAGAAUCCAUGAUAGAGUUGAUGACUGAUGAAGCUCUUGAGAGCCUCCCGUCUCCACGUGUCCUGAAUAACCAUUUCCCUAACUGGCUCUACCCAAAGGAAGCCCUGACGAAAAACAAAUUCAUCCAUGUUAUUCGCAAUCCGAAGGACGCCCUAGUGUCUUAUUAUCACAUGGCACAGGGCUUAAAGAAUUUCAAUUACAGCGGAACUUGGAGUGGAUACUUUGAGUUCGUCAUGGCUCGCCAGAACACAGGAUUAAAACCAAUAGACUACAAUGAUUGGCCAAGUAAUGUUCUGCCAUGGUACAAUCUCUCCAAGACAAACCAAAACAUAGUAAAUGUGUUUUUUGAGGACUUGGUGGAGAACCCAGUUCCCCAAAUUAAACGUAUUGCGGAACAUAUUGGUUUUCCCAAAGACCAAGACACGUAUGAACAGAUAGCCAAAGCCACCAGCUUUAAAGCAGUGCGCCAGAACAAACGCGUCAAAGGCUUAAACCUCCAGUACAACACUCCCACGUCUCAGCCCUGGAAGGAUGGCUCUCCCGGGAUUUACAGAAAAGGCAAGGUUGGAGACUGGAAGAAUCACUUUACAGUGGCACAAAACGAGCGCUUUGACGCCCUCUAUCGGCAGUGGACACUAAAUACAGACAUCUGCGUCCGUUUUGAGAUUUGAAGGAAAAAAAAA